AUGUCUCCAGUUCUCCUAGUGUCGUCACAGAAAACUCGUCUCUUCUCCAAUGAUUAUGUAGAAGGUUGUUUUGGAGUCGGUGUGCAACCAAAGGCUCGGUGUGAGAGCAACCUCCGAGGUUCCUACAAGGCCCACGGAAUCGCAGACGAGGGAUCGAUGUCAAAUGCGUUUCUUUUUGGGCUGCGUAAUCACUUGGAUGUGGGUUGCUUAAGCGGCUACCUCGUGUGGGCGUGCGCCAUGGACCCAGGCAGGCCUCACAUUUUGCUAGGCAGGGCGCACAACCCUACUGUUCUCUCCUGCUUUCCUGCCCAGUAG